AUGGAUUCAGUACUUCCUGCUUUGGCGAGGAACAUCAGGAAAUUUCGAUUGACAGCCAAAAAGUUUUUAACAGACCAGACAAGGACACGUCGGAGAGACGGGCGUCAGCACAGCCACACAAUGUCCCUGAUGGAGCGUGGGACGGUCCGGCCCAUCACCGGAGUGGCCUGGACUUCCAACACAGGCACCUGCCCCAAAGACUUCAGUCUGAUCAGCAUCACAGAAGAGGGCGCAGCAGCAAACUUCACCCGCAGCUUUGGAAUGAAAUCUGGAUAUUAUCUGUGCUACAGCAAGGACCUGACAGGUGGCAUGGUGGUGUCAGAUAUUCAGAUUAUUUCAGAGAAGGACAGCAUCCCUCAUGGCUACUGCUACAUCGCAGAGCACCUUGAGCCAAAGGCCACCGUAUCGAAGAAGAAGCGUCUGUGCGUUCGCAUCGUCCCAGUGGGCAGCGUGGACACGGCUCUGCUGGACAUCAAACUAACUGCCAAAAGCAAAAUGAUGCUGCAGUAUUACACAUAUGUGGGGGACAUACAUGGCUACAUGCUGUGGUGCAGAAAGGGGCUUUUCACCAGCCCUCCUCCUCAAGCCAAGCCCCGCAGGGUCAGUCUGGACCUCCGGACCCUCUCUCUGGAGCAGCCCUCUGCUCCUCUGGCCCUCAGGCCGAGCAACCCUCCUCCUCCGCUGCCACACGCCAGGUUAACGCAGAGACGCGGCAAUCUGCCGAGCACGGACAACCUGGACAAACCUGCCGACAGCAGCUUGCAGGGAAUCACAGCUCUCGAUGGAGUUCCCUUCAGCCUCCACCCUAAAUAUGAUAUCCAGGCAAAUGGCACGGGUCCUCAGUUCAGCUCCCAGAUAAACAACAUUCGUAUAAAGUCACUCCAGGACGUUGAGAAUGAGUAUAAGUACACGUUUGCAGUGGAGGAGUUUGCUGCUAAGCGGACCAGACCAUCGGUGACAACAGGAAGUGAAUCGAAAGAUUAGUUUGAUCGUUGAAUUUCCCAAAUCAACAUCGUCUUACUUUUGCUACUUCAUUCUGUUUGAAAGGGUUCCUUCGAGUAAAACCUCAGAAAUAUGUUACAAGUGAAGGAUAAUCACCUCUGUUUUUAGGGUUCAUUUUAUGCAAAGCUUGAAGUGUAAAAGAGUUGAUCUCAGCUGGAGGUCGGAAAAGGCCUUCCAUGAACACUAUCAUGAUACCAGACACUGGCAUUUCCAAACCCACAAUCACCACCUUCAAGCAGUCAACGUGUCCAUUUGCCAAAGAAACGUCCUGUUUUAAUGACAUGCGUGUUACAGUCCUCUCAGAAAUUACAGGGUUUCAGAAGUGAUUCCAGUUCUGUAGUGUCUGCCGUCUCGCUUUGAGUGUUUGCAGCUUUAAAUCUUCACUUUAAGAUACUUCAGUUCCAUUUCUCUUUAAUGCACUUUGCCUUU